AUGAAACAUGGUAUCAGUCAAAGGAAGCUGGGUAGAAUGCCCGCUCAUAGGAUAGCUCUUUUGAGAAACUUGGUAUCAGCGUUACUGCAUCAUGAAUCAAUCAAAACCACCUUGCCGAAAGCUAAAGAAGCUGCUAAGAUGGCGGAAAAGAUCAUUACACUGGGGAAGAAAGGUACAAACCCAGCUAAGAGCAAAGCAAUGUCAUAUUUAAUGCCCCCUCACAACUCCCCGCCUCCAUCAGCAUCAUCGUCGACAAUGAUAGAUCCUGAAGAUUUCGUAGCACCCAAAUCACUCUUACCUAAACUAUUCAAUGAUCUAUCAAAACGAUACGAAAGUAGACCAGGAGGUUAUACACGUAUACUGAAAUUCGGUAAAAGACAAGGUGAUAAUGCUCCGCAUGCAAUUGUCACAUUAGUGGAUGGACCAAGGGACGUCAAGUUUGAAUUAUUGGCUAGGACAGUGGGUAAAGAAGGAUUAGAUCUAAUAGAAGAAACAGGCAGUCUGGAUAAUAUAAGUGAAGGUUGGGAAGGUUUAACGGAAAAAACAAAGAGACAAGUUGAAAAAGUAUUGAAAUAUAGAAAUGAUCAAGAGAAGAAAGUAUUCAAAGAUAAAGCAAGGGAAUUUGCCGACUAUCUACAAGCUGAAGAAGCAGGAUAUGGCGGAUUAAGAGCACCAAAUGUGUCACCCAAUGUACUGAAAUACAGGAAACCUGGUAUGAACACACCUAAAUCAGGGCGAUUGUUACAUGCAGGAGAGAGAUUAUCGGGUGUAUCGACGCAUUCGACUGGAUUAGGAUUAGCGAGAGGAGCAUUGGUCAGAACGCCUCGAGGGCGAAAAGAGGUUGAUAGGAAUCCUAGGUUCUGGGGUCAAGCGCGAUUACCUGAAGGAGUGACGGCGGAGUUAACGGUGGAUUAG